AUGCCCUGUCUCUUUUUCACUUUAUUAUUUACUGUUUUCUUUCUCUCUCGUUCUAUCUCAUUUUUGUUUUCUUUCUUUCUGUCUCACUUUUCCUAUCUUUCUUUUACUCUCUCUCACUUUCUGUCUUCUUCUUUAUUCAUUUCCCUCCCCACUCUCACUCUCUAUCUCUCUAUAUAUUGCUCUUUUUGUUUCCCACUUUUGCUCUUUCCUUUAGUUAUGUAUACUUUCUGUAUUUUUCAUUCUCCCACUUUCAAUCUUUCUUUUUCUUUCUUUUUCUGUUUCUUCCAAUUUCUCUUUUUGUAUCAGUCUGUCUCUCUGAUUUUCUGCCUCUUUAUGUCUCUUUUCUUUUUAUCUCUCUCACUUUCUAUCUUUCUGCAUCGAUUUGAGUUUCUGUCUCUCUUUUGGCCACUCUGUCUUUUUCUCUUUUUGCUUCUCUUCCUCUCUCAUUCUCACUCUUUUCUCUCUUUUUCUUUCUCUUACUUUUUGUUUUCCCUUCUCUCUCUUUGUGUCUCUCUUUUUCUCUCCCUCUUUCUGUCUGUCUUUUAUCUCUCUCUUUCAGUCUCCAUCUUUCUGCCUCUCUCUUUAUGUCUCUCUUUUAGUGUCCCCCUUUUUGUCUCUCUUUCUGUCUCUAUUUUUAUCCCCCUCUUUCUGUCUUUCUUUUUGUUUCCCUCUUUCUGUCUCUCUUUUUAUCUGACUCCUUCUGUGUAUUUUUUGUCUCACUCUUUCUGUUUCUCUUUUUAUCCUCUUCUUUCUGCCUCUCUUUUAGUCUCCCUCUUCCCGUCACUCUUUUUAUCCCCACUUUUCUGUCUCCUUAUUUCUCUUUCACUUUUUGUCUCCAUCUUUCGGUUCGGAUUGAAGAAUCGGAGAGCCGAGUUCGAAUUCCAGUCAUAUCCAUUGCAUUCAUUUACGUGCUAA